AUGUAAAAUAAAUAAGCAUAUUAAGAACUUAUUAAAUGGAAAGAUUAAGAAAUUUAGAAUCUUCAUAAAGAAAUAGGGAUAUUGAAUAAUAAAAUUGAAUUGAUAUAAAAUUAAGCUCAUAAUUAAAUAUAAACAGCCUAUAAUAACUAUUUAAAUCAAAAAGAAUAUAAAAUGGUGAAGCUAGAAAAUGAAAAUACUAAGCUAAAAGAUGAAGUGAAAUAAUUAAAAUUUGAUUUGAAUAAAUUACAAUAAGAAUUAAAUGUAUAUUUUUUUAAUUUAUGAAUAGCUAAGUCAAUAGAAUAACAAAAAAAGUAAUUAAGAGACUGAAUAAAAAAUUAAUAAUGGAUUUAAUAAUACAAACUAUGUAUCAAUAUAAUAAACCUCAUUUAUUUGA